AUGAGUCUCAUAAGUUGGAACUGCCGAGGGCUUGGGAACCCUCGGACAGUUCGAGACCUUAGCCACAUGGUUAAGGAAAAGAAACCCAAUUUUUUGUUUCUAAUGGAAACCAUUAGUAACAAAAAGCGGAUGGAGCAGUUGAGAGUGAAACUUGGAUAUGAAGGAUUAUUUGUGGUGGAGCCAGUGGGGAGGAGUGGGGGUUUGGCUCUAUUAUGGCGGGAGGCGCAUGAAUUAGAAAUCCAAAAUUAUUCACGACGGCAUAUUAAUGCAAUUGUGAAGUUGGCGGACGAAGAUUUCCAAUGGAAGCUUACCGGGUUUUACGGGCAUCCUGAUUCCACAAAACGAGGUGAAUCAUGGUCUCUUCUCUCACAUCUUAGAGGUUUUUCCCCGGUUCCAUGGCUCUGUGUAGGAGACUUCAAUGAAAUAACCCACCAAUCUGAGAAAUUGGGGGCAAGCAGGCGCAGGGAGAGUCAAAUGGAGGCAUUCCGGGCAGUACUUGAGGAGUGUUACUUGGGGGAUUUGGGAUUCUCAGGUCCGAAAUACACUUGGUCAAACAAGCGUCAAGAUGACACAUUUACUCAAGAAAGAUUGGACCGAGGCGUGGGAAACAGCAGUUGGUGUGCUAAAUACAAAUCGGUUGGGGUCCAUGUCAUGGCAGCCAGGGCGUCGGACCACAAUCCGGUUUUUGUCUCUUUUCAUAAUCAGCAACCCACGGGUAGGAAGGGGAGAAAGAGCUUCAAAUUUGAGGCUAGUUGGCUCCCAGAUGAAGAAUGUGAUGCCAUUAUAAAAAAAUGCUUGGGAGGGCGAUAUUGA